AUAGUGAUGACUAAGCAUCAUCAGGAGAGGGGAAGUCAAAGCUGUGUUUACUUUACUGGAAGGGAGGGAGAGAGGGCUGCGCGCUGUCGGGCAGGACAGGAGUGCGUGCGCGCGGGACAUCAGCACACCGGCCGGGUCAAAGGAGCUGCAAGGAUGGAGAUUCGACCAGACAGGUUUAAGGCGGUCGCGGGCAAAACUCUGGGGAAAAUUCACAGGCUGAUUGAGAAGCGGCAGCCCAAUGGAGAGACCAUCGAGUUAUCAGCAGAUGGCCGUCCAGAGCUGGUGGAGGAGAAGGAGCUGCCGGUGGUUGACUGCACCUGCUUUGGUUUGCCCAGGCGGUACAUCAUCGCCAUCCUGUCUGGCCUGGGAUUCUGCAUCUCUUUCGGCAUCCGAUGCAACCUGGGUGUGGCCAUUGUAAGCAUGGUCAAUGAUCACACCGUCUACAAAGGCAACAAGGAAGUACUUGUGGCUGCACAGUUCACCUGGGACCCUGAGACCGUGGGUAUGAUCCAUGGCUCGUUCUUCUGGGGAUACAUCGUCACUCAGAUCCCAGGAGGCUUUAUAUGUCAAAAAUUUGCAGCCAACAGAGUGUUUGGCUUUGCCAUAGUGGCCACCUCCACCCUCAACAUGCUGAUUCCCUCUGCCGCUCGAUGCCAUUACAGCUGCGUCAUACUGGUCAGGAUAUGCCAGGGCCUUGUCGAGGGUGUUUCAUACCCUGCCUGCCAUGGGAUCUGGGCCAAGUGGGCGCCUCCUUUGGAGAGAAGUCGACUAGCCACGACGGCCUUUUGUGGAUCCUAUGCAGGGGCAGUGGUGGCCAUGCCUUUAGCUGGAAUACUGGUGCAGUACAUCGGGUGGCCUUCAGUAUUCUACGUCUAUGGCAGCUUUGGGAUAUUCUGGUACUUGUUCUGGAUUCUGGUGUCAUAUGAGAGUCCUGCAGCCCAUCCCACCAUUACACCAGAGGAACAGAAGUACAUCGAAGAGGCAAUCGGAGAGAGUGCAUCAUUUCUCAAUCCUCUCCAAAAAUUUAAAACCCCAUGGAGACACUUCUUCACCUCCAUGCCAGUCUAUGCCAUCAUUGUGGCCAACUUCUGCAGGAGCUGGACCUUCUACCUGCUGCUCAUCAGUCAGCCAGCCUACUUUGAGGAAGUCUUUGGCUUCGAGAUCAGCAAGGUGGGCAUGGUGUCAGCUUUGCCCCAUCUGGUGAUGACAAUCAUUGUGCCUGUUGGAGGCCAGUUGGCAGACUACCUGAGAACCCACAACCUCAUGUCCACCACCAACGUCAGGAAGAUGAUGAACUGUGGAGGUUUUGGAAUGGAGGCUACUCUCCUGCUGGUGGUCGGUUUCUCUCACACAAAAGGCAUUGCCAUUUCCUUCUUGGUACUGGCGGUGGGUUUCAGUGGAUUUGCUAUCUCAGGGUUUAAUGUCAAUCACUUGGAUAUUGCACCUCGAUAUGCCAGCAUACUGAUGGGCAUCUCAAAUGGGGUGGGAACAUUGUCUGGAAUGGUGUGUCCUCUCAUUGUGGGAGCCAUGACCAAACACAAGACACGUGAAGAGUGGCAGUAUGUCUUCCUUAUAGCUGCCCUUGUUCAUUAUGGAGGAGUGAUUUUCUAUGGACUCUUUGCAUCAGGAGAAAAGCAACCAUGGGCAGACAUAGAAAACACAAGUGACGAGAAGUGUGGUAUCAUCGACGAGGACGAACUGGCCAAUGAGACGGAGGAGCUCUAUCGUGGAGGCGGGCAGUACGGUGCCAUGAGCCAACCAGUGGUUGGUGCCAACGGGGGAGGGGCCGGAGGAGGAGGAGCUGGAGCAGGAUGGGUGUCGGACUGGGAUAAAUCUGAGGAGUAUGUUCAACCACCAGGAUACAACUCAUACAUGUAUGCAGGAGAGAAGGAGAAGGAGCUGACAUAGAAGAUUGACACGUGAUGCAAAUAAGAAACAAAAGGAGGAAGAUUGUUUUGGGAAAGUUACUGCAAUAAUGGAUGGAAAUCCUGUGUGCUUUUGUACAGUAUUUACAACUGCACAUAUCAAAAGUAUGCGUCUAAUUUAUUCAACUCUGUGUGCGUGUGUGUGUGUGUGUGUGUGUGUGUGU